CCACAUUCUUAUUUUUUUGGCACAAAGAGAGACUGCUAAGACAUGGAGGAGGAUAUGGUUCUAACUAGAGUUCUACCUGGUAGUGCUAUAACCACAGGUGUUCUUAGUGUCUCAAAUCGGUAUGUUGUCGCACGCAUGCCUACAAUUGAAGACGGACAGAAUUCAGCAUUGAUGGUAGCAAGAGAUGCUCGUCAAGAAGGCGUCAUCCAUCUUUUCAACUUCAGAAUGAGGACGGAUGGAGGGUAUGCCAAGCAAACUCUAACUGGUAUGAAGCAAUUUUUUGACCUUCAUGAAUUGAAAGCUGGGGAUCGAAUUAUGAUCCAUCUUGUGGAAGAAGAACUGAGGUUAUUUGGAAUUGUCAUUCGUCAUGGAGUUUAUUCAAUUGAUUUUGAAGAGGGACCCGUGGCCUAAUUAAUUAGGGAUGUUUAUAUUGGAAUGUUUGUGGUUUUUUUUUUUUUUUUUUGUAUAUCUUUAUGUGUUGAUUCUCGUUGUUAUAAUCUGGUCUGUUACAUUUUACCAAAAAAAAAAAAAAUCUGGUCUGUUAAGUACGUUGAAAAAUGAACCCUUAGAUGGGGAGAGCCCUUUAUAGCCCAUCUAAGGGGUUUGUUUUGUUUGAAUGUUCUGUUGUUAGAAAAAAGAAAAAAAAAAAAAGAAAAAAAGAAGGAUGAUUGUAAAAUGUUCUGUUGAUGUAAUACAUUUUGAUGUGGAAUGUUGUUUUAGUUUUCUACUCCCUCUAUUCCAUUAUAUUAGUCAUUUUAAUCUUCUUCAUUAUUAUUAAGAAAAUGAUUAAUUAUUC